AUGUUUGCUCGAGUCUUCAAGGCUAUGCCCUCCCGGGCCCCCUCCAUGAUGGCUUCCCAGGCCCGGUUCAUGGCCACGGUGCGCAGCCGGGCUGCCAUGGAGCCGGCUACCUUCACCAUCCGUGAUGGCCCCAUCUUCCACGGCAAGUCGUUUGGUGCCCGGUCCAACAUCUCCGGUGAAGCCGUCUUUACCACCUCGCUGGUCGGAUACCCGGAGUCCCUGACCGAUCCCUCCUACCGCGGUCAGAUCCUCGUCUUCACCCAGCCGCUCAUCGGCAACUACGGUGUGCCCUCGGCCGCCCGUGACGAGCAUGGUCUCCUCAAGUACUUUGAGUCCCCCCAUCUCCAGGCCGCUGGUGUCGUCGUCGCCGACGUCGCCGAGCAGUACAGCCACUGGACCGCUGUCGAGAGCCUCGGCGAGUGGUGUGCCCGCGAGGGCGUCCCCGCCAUCUCUGGUGUCGACACCCGUGCCAUCGUCACUUAUCUGCGUGAGCAGGGUUCCUCCCUGGCCCGUAUCACUGUCGGCGAGGAGUACGAUGCCGACCAGGACGAGGCGUUCGUUGAUCCCGAACAGAUUCACCUCGUCCGUCAGGUCAGCACCAAGGCGCCCUUCCACGUCAGCGCCGCCGACCCUCAGUGCCACGUUGCCGUCCUCGACUGCGGUGUCAAGGAGAACAUCCUGCGCAGCCUGGUCAGCCGCGGUGCCAGUAUCACCGUCUUUCCCUUUGACUACCCGAUUCACAAGGUGGCCCACCACUUUGACGGCGUCUUCAUCUCCAACGGCCCCGGUGAUCCGACCCACUGCCAGGAUACCGUCUACCAUCUGCGCAAGCUGAUGGAGACCUCCCAGGUGCCCAUCUUCGGCAUCUGUCUGGGCCACCAGCUGCUCGCUCUGGCCGCUGGCGCCCGCACCGUCAAGCUCAAGUACGGUAACCGCGCCCACAACAUCCCCGCGCUUGACCUGACCACCGGUCGCUGCCACAUCACCAGCCAGAACCACGGCUACGCGGUCGACGCCGACACCCUGUCCGCCGACUGGAAGCCCUACUUUGUCAACCUGAACGAUUCAAGCAACGAGGGUAUGAUCCACAAGUCGCGCCCCAUCUUCAGCACCCAGUUCCAUCCCGAGGCCAAGGGUGGCCCGCUCGACUCGUCGUACCUGUUCGACAUCUACAUCGACAGUGUCCGCAAGUACAAGAACGGCCAGGCUGCCUACUACCCGCAGCGUGACAGCCGCCCGAGCCCGCUCUUGGUUGACCUGCUCGCCAAGGAGCGUGUCGGCGUCCAGCCCACGAUUGGCAUGCAGAACAUUGCCGCCGCCGCGGCCGCUGCUGCUGCUGCUGCUGCUGCUUAA